AUGAGAAAGGCCAUCGUGAUUGCCUUCCUACGUCGAUGGCUCAUCCGCCGCCGCCUGGCCAAGGAACUCUUCGCGAGACAGAUGGAGUACCACUACCUCGCCUUCGUCCACAAGACACCAAAGAGGAUGUCCAUCCUCCGUGGUCCUCUCUGGGUGGACGAAGUCCUCUGCGGCUCUGCGCGGUUGCUCAACAGGGGGAAUUCACCUGGCGCAGCAAACUACAAGGAAUACCCUGAAAAGACUGCUAGUAUGACCAAAGUCGUCGUCGUCGCUGGGUUACAGACGUCGACCAGGCGGCGCGUGGGGUGGCAUAAGCCCAUGGGGUUGUUGAGUUUUGUCAUUUCGCUGAAUGUGGCCAGCAUGCCGCUCAAAGCGUAUUUGACCGAAUCGUUUCCGUGGCAAGUGGGCCAAGUGUGGUCUCCGGACGCCGCGACGACGUUUGACAUGUACAACACCGAGACUCUUGCGUCGAAACAAAGCUACUACACGGCUUCAUUCUUGCACAAUUAUGUCAUCAGCAACAUCUAUGUGGAUCGACCCAAUGCCACGACAUUCAUGGUCGCGGCGUUCGAGCACGACAGCUCCACACCUUGCUUGACUCGAGUAGUGCGAUUGCCAGUCGGUAUCAUAGGGGCAUUGUUCUACGGCUCGGGCAUUCGCAGUGUCGUGUGCAACUUUCUCGCAAACUGUACUGCACCGACGAUGGGACAAUGCCAACACGUUCGGUUGCUGGGGUUGCCAUUGGCCGAACAGUGUGUCUGGGCCGUUCGCGACCAUCCGCUAGCCGAGCAAGAAACCACCAACGUUGUCGUGUACCAAGUGAUGCAGCAGUGGCAAAACCAGAAGUUCCUCUGGUGUAAACUCGCAUACCGCGUCGUGCUUACCGUAUACGUGUGCCGUGAAAUGUACGUCAAGUACUACCGGCACUAUUCCACCCUCGCGGCCAACUUUAUCGACGUCGGGCUGCAAGAUCCAACGCUCACAAAGAUGGAAAUCUACAUUGGGGACCCAACCAGCAUCGUUCUCAGCAACGCGUGGGUGUCGUUGGCGUUUGUGAUUGACUAUUGGCUCAGCGCGAACACGGUGAGCGAGUGCAUCCUCCAAAUCAGCCAAAUCGAGGACCAAGUACUGUUUUGCAAGGCGGUCCUGUACACGUGUCGAAGCGUCUGGUUUUCGUACUUUAUGUUGCGCUACACCACAUUUGUCCUCAAACGAUAUAAUCUCGAGCACAUGGUGACCCCGCUCGACCCGACGCUCGUGGCCGUUGCCGUGCUUAUCUAUGCUGCCCCAAUGGUCUACUUGAUUUCGACGACGCCCAUCAUGGCUGUGCAGCAUGCGUUGUGGGAGCCACUAAUAUCAGCUGCCGAGAAAGGCCAGGCGAUCGAGAUCUUUCUCGGUGCAUACACAACAACUGCACUGCAUGGUUUGACCCGGCAUGAUGUUGUGUUUGUCGUAGUACUCGUAGGAGUCACCAUGGCGUUCGGGGCGGUGCCGCUGUGGUUUUCGCGUCUGUGGACAUGGUGUCGAAAUCGCCAAACCAAAAUUCGGGGGCCAUCCCAAACGAUUGUCAAGUUCUCCGAGCUCAACUUGCUCAUGUUCAACGACAUCAAGCAGCGCGUGGCCUUCCACAUGUUUGGCCUUCAGCGCAAGUUCACCCCGUCGCAGUUUGAAGGCGGGUCCUUGUACGCUUUGCACAAGCACAACGCCAAGUAUAACCGCAUGCCGCUGUUCAGCCACCGCGGGUCGGACUGCUUUGUCGCGUGCUACACGGCCAGUGGCCUACUCAAAUUGAAGUGUCGGCUGAGUUUGUGGCGCUGCCUUGAUCGCAUCGAACGAGACGACGAUUUGUGUGUGCGGCUGUGUGAAACCAAUCACAAGGAUUGUCUUAGCCGCCUGGACGGAACGGCGUGCAUGACGUUUCAGCCCACAGGACCAGCGUCGCAAUGUGUGCAUCGAGGGGUCAACGCCAGUCCGUGGAUCUUGUGAUUUACACCAUGUUCUGGCUGGUCGUGGAUCUGUCCCAAGUAGGAGUCGCGAGAUGGGGCGUAGGAGGAACCGAGCAAGUUGGUUUCAAUAGAGCG